UUUGAUAAGCUGCAUAGCAAAGUCCAUAUAAAUAGCAGCAUGAUAUAACAUCAAAACCAACACCAACACCAACACCAACGCCAACACGAACACGCAGGUCGAGGCUCACCAUUUCCACAGAACCAUGUGCACCUUAGAGAAGCGUGGAAACCUCUUCUUCCUCACUCUCACCGGCGACGACGACCACCGUCUAAGUCCGGCCGUCAUCGAUUCCCUUAUCUCCUCUCUCUCUCAGGUCGCCUCCCAAGCCACCCGCGGUUCCGCCCUCAUCACCACCGCACAGGGCAACAGGUUCUUCUCCAAUGGCUUCGAUCUUGCCUGGGCCCAAUCCGCAGGCUCCAAAUCAGUCGCCGCGGACCGUCUCCACCAGAUGGUCGUCUCCUUCAAACCGGUUGUCGGAGCUCUUCUCUCUCUUCCGAUGCCAACCAUCGCCGCCUUACCCGGCCACGCCGCUGCCGGAGGAUUCCUCUUCGCUCUCUGCCACGAUUACAUCCUCAUGAGGAGCGAUAGAGGUGUGCUGUACAUGAGCGAGGUGGACUUGGGGCUUCCGUUCCCGGAUUACUUCACGGUGGCGAUGAGGUCGAAGAUCGGAUCGGUGUCGGCUCGGAGGGAUGUGAUGCUGAGAGGGGUGAAGAUCAAGGGCGAGGAAGCUGUGAGAUUGGGGAUCGUGGAUUGGUAAGCCACUCUCCUGGGCAACAAAAAAAGGCAAAAACCAGGGAAAACAAUCCAGUUUAAUAUGACCUACAAGGCUUUUUUCCUGACACCAUUUGCUGACAAAAUGGGCUACAAAAUUUCUUUCUCUAGGGAUCCAUGCAAAACGAACAUCUUUGAAAAAGGUUUUUAGCCUGAUAAUAGUUUCUAGAAUUCCAUCUGCCAACCAGUGGUUUGAAUGAAGGGCUUGGUCGUUUAUGUUAUCAAUGGCUGUCUUAUUUUUAUCUAAGAUAAUUAUCUGCUUUUAAUUGCUUUUUUUUAGAUACUGGAAUAAGACCCUCCUUUUCUACAUAAUAUGCACUUAAUGCCCUCUCAUCCUUACACAUCUUCCUUCUUUUAUUAUUAUUUUUAUAAUAAAAAGCUCAUUUUUAUGU